GCAGCCGGUGGGCGUGUCCCGAUCCUCAAAGGAUUUUACCCGGAGUGGCCAGACGGGCUGGGGGACACAGGAUGGCAGAGCUAAUUGGAGUAUCUAACGGGACAUGCGGGCAAGCUGAUUUCUUCUAAUAUUUCAAGUGCUGUUUGUGUCGGUGUGAGGCUUCACCAUGCCGCUGGUGAAGAGGAACAUCGAGCCGCGUCACCUCUGCCGGGGGGAGCUCCCCGAGGGCAUCGGCAGCGAGCUGGAGUGUGUGAUGAACAACACGCUGUCUGCCAUCAUUCGCCAGCUCAGCAGCCUGAGUAAACAUGCAGAGGACAUAUUCGGCGAGCUGUUCAACGAGGCCAACACCUUCUACCUGCGUGCCAACUCCCUCCAGGAUCGCAUCGACCGGCUGGCCGUCAAGGUCACGCAGCUGGACUCUACUGUGGAGGAAGUUUCUCUGCAAGAUAUCAACAUGAGGAAGGCCUUUAAGAGCUCUACCACUCAGGACCAGCAGGUGGUGUCCAAGAGCAGCGUGCCCAAUCCAGUCAGAGAGAUGUACAACGUGAGCGACAAGCCUCCACCUCUCAGCAUCCUCUCACCUUACAGGGAUGACCACAAGGAAGCACUCAAGUUCUACACCGACCCCUCCUACUUCUUUGAUCUGUGGAAAGAAAAGAUGCUGCAGGACACUGAGGACAAGAGGAAAGAGAAGAGGAAGCAGAAGGAGCAGAGGCGUUGUGUGGAUGGGACGUUACAGAGGGAGGUUAAGAAGGUCCGGAAGGCGAGAAAUCGUCGUCAGGAGUGGAAUAUGAUGGCCCUGGAUAAAGAGCUGAGGCCAGACCAUCGACACACCAUCCACCGAGACAGAGGAGCUUCUUCUGAGGGCUCAAUGUCACCAGAGAACAGGGGUCACGGCCUGGACCAGCAUCACUUCCCCAACAGCAUGAACCACGCUGGCCACGCCCACACCUACUCCGGCCCCCCGCCCAGCGUCCUGGCAGCCCAGAUGGCUGCCGGUCACUCUGCUCGAGGAGGAAGUGAACACGACACCAGAGGCAGGACUAUGAUGGCCUAUGGGAGUGGGACACUAGGCCGCUCCCACCACCACCAAGUGCCGUUGCCUCCUCCACCCGCUGAGGCUAUGAACGGAGGCUCCAUGCCCCUCCCACCAGUGGACUACAGUAUGGAUGGGUAUGCCAACACCGGUCCUCCUCCCCCUCCUCCUGCCCCUCUCAUCCCUUCUGCCCAGACGGCCUUUGCCUCGCCCCCUGGAGGCCCGAUGUCUCCUGGCCCAAUGAGCGGUGCUGCCGGCUACGCUCCGCCUCCACCACCUGUAUCUGGAGCGCAGGCAGCUCCGCCUCCUCCCGGUCCUCCGCCUCCUCCGCUUCCAGCUGGUGCCUCCCACUCCACAACCCACAAGAUGUCCUCAAUCGCACCUGCUGAGACCACAGUGGUCAAUGACGCCCGCAGCGAUCUGCUGGCUGCUAUACGUAUGGGCAUCCAGCUGAAGAAGGUGCAGGAGCAGCAGGAGCAGCAGGCUAAGAGGGAGCCAGUCGGAAACGACGUGGCCACCAUCCUGUCGCGGCGCAUCGCUGUGGAAUACUCCGACUCAGAGGACGACUCCGAGCUGGAGGAGAACGACUGGUCGGAUUAACGCACGCACAAGAAAAUAGGACAGCCACUAAAUAUACAUGCACAAUAAGAUACGCAGUCAGUCUCACACUCACCUGAAAGAAUGCCCACUGUGCCACGAUCACAGGUUGUCACAGACUUGCUGUUGCUGAAAACACACACACACACACAAACUACACCUACACACAAUCACAUGCUGUAGGUUGAUAUAAGCUGAAUGGUCCAAUACUGGAAAUCUGGGGGUGUAUUCAGUAUGCAUAAACACUGUACAGAGACUAGUAAUAUACCGUAAUGCUGACCACUCUGUGAAACAAUAACACUGAGUCUGAUGAAUAUAUCUCAAAGGAUUGUGAAUACACCCCAGUGGAUGUUUCUCUACCUGUUGUAACACUAUAGACACCCUGUGAAGGUGCUUAUUUCAUGUAUAGUCAAAGCUUGGGAGUGUUAGAAUUAUUAUAGAAACUUUCCUCUUGAGCUAACCGAUGUUCUUUGUCUUUUUUUAAAUGUUUUUACUGAAACACUUGCAUAGACCAUGAGGCAAGUUUUUAACGUGUAGACGUCAAUAACUGGAAGUAAUGCUGGAGUUCAGUGGCUGCUGAACGGAUGACUGGGAAGAUCAUCUGAAAUGCUGUGGUUAUGGAUGGAUGAGAGCGCAAUAUGUAAAAAGUCUUACUGAUCAAAAAUAUGUUAACUGUUUGAGCCAUCUGCAAUCGCUCACUGCUGUGUGGAGGGACGGGGGGGGGGGGGGGGGGUCAUGUGUAUGCUAGUUUGAGCUCUGUAACCUUUGAACCAGAGACAAAAUAAAAUGAUGAAUGAAGGAUCACG